AUGUUCAUGCGCAAAUCGUAUCCUGGGGAUAAACAAGGCGAAAGGAAAGAAUUGGUGGUCAAAUUGCUAUCACAAGAUCCGAGUAAUUAUCGUGACGCUCCAACUGAAGGAAUACGACGGGUCCUCGAAAAGGUUCUCGGAAAAUCGCUUCCCAGAGGAGAAAAGCUUAAUACUGACAAGAUAGGCAAGUCAUCAUUUGCAUCAGACUUUAUAAGAUUGUCAACUACCGUGGCUACAAACGCACUGUUGGAAAGAAAGGGCCAAAAGCACGCAUUGGUGAUUACUAAAGGAUUCAAGGACCUACUUACUAUUGGAAAUCAAUCUCGACCAAGGAUCUUUGAUCUCAACAUUAGAAGACCUACGCCAUUGUUCACUGACGUACUCGAAGUUGACGAGCGUGUAACCAUUGUCGGGUACACAUCUGACCCUAAAGCCGCUGAACACGCAAUCAAGACGACAAUGGCAGAUGGUCCUGGAGAAAUAGUGCGUGGGCUGUCAGGAGAGGCGGUUAGAAUUAUCAAGAAACCCGAUGAGAACAAGAUUAAAUCCGAUCUCCAAAAACUACGCGAACAAGGCUAUACGUCUCUCGCUAUAUGCUUGCUCCUUGGGAUUCAGUCACAUUUCCAUCUCCUCUCAACUCAUGCCGAUGAUCAAGAUGUACUUGGACGGAUUUUCUCUGGGUUCGAUGAGCAGCUUAAAGCGGAGGAGUCGGAAAACCGCGAGUCGAAUUUAUGGCGAGUGACGGCGGACUUCUGGACUUGGACAAUUUUUCGGUCUCAAGAGUAUACUCAGUGGACCUGCUGGUGGCGUUGUCGGUUAUGCGCUGACAAGCUGGGACGAGAACGAGCGAACCCCAUUAUUGGAUUGGACGUUGGGGGGACAUCGACGGACGUAUCAAGAUUUGAUGGCCGCUAUGAGACUGUAUAUGAAACCACGACAGCAGGCGUGACCAUUCAAAGCCCACAGCUAGAUAUCAACACGGUUGCGGCAGGCGGAGGUUCUUGUCUUACUUUCAGAAUGGCUUAUUCCUCGCAGGACCCCAAAGUGCUGGAGCAGAACCCGGGCCUGCAUGCUACAGGUCGCCUAAUCCCAGAUCUCUUCCCAAAGAUUUUCGGAAAAUCCGAGAAUGAGCCUUUGGACAUGGAGGCGUCAAAGUCCGCAUUUGAGAAAGUAGCCAAAGAGGUCCGAAGUUCAGCGGAUAAAGAUUAUACCCUGGACGAGGUUAUCUACGGUUUUAUCAAGGUUGCGAACGAAACCAUGUGCAGGCCAAUAAGGGCAAUAACCGAGGCACGAGGAUACUCGACAGGAUCUCAUAUCCUUGCGAGCUUUGGUGGUGCAGGAGGCCAGCACGCAUGCGACAUUGCACGACUAUUGGGCAUUCAUCGUAUCUUAAUUCACAGACACAGCUCUAUCCUUUCAGCUUACGGGCUUGCAUUGGCCGAUCGAGCAUACGAACGUCAAGAGCCUUCCUCCGAGAAUUGGUCGGAAGAAAGUAAACCACGCUUACUUGCGAGAUUGGAUGCCUUGACAGAAGAAGUCAAGUCUUCACUUGAAAAACAAGGCUUUAAAGGAGAUCGGGUCCGAGUGGAGCGUCUGCUCAAUAUGAGAUUCGACGGGACCGACACUUCUCUGAUGGUGCUCGAACCCGAAGACGGGUCUCACGACUUUGAAGGAACCUUCAAACGUGCAUACAAACAAGAGUUUGGGUUCCUUUUGGAAACGAAGAAUAUCAUAAUCGACGACAUCAAGGUGCGAGGAAUAGGCAAAACGUUUGACACUUUGGGGCCGAGUGUUUUCGAAGAAAUGAAAACGCUUAAAACCAAACCCGUGAAUGUGCAAGCAACACAGGAUAGAACUCACAGUGUCUACUUUGAGGGCCCUGGACGUAUAGACACACCCGUAUUCCUCUUAGAGAAACUUGAAGUUGGAGAUGUGGUUUCGGGUCCAGCUAUGAUCAUCGACAACACUCAGACUAUCGUGCUAAACCCCCAUUCAAAAACAACCGUUACCAGGAAUCACCUUUUUAUAUCGCUAGAAGACGAAUGA